AUGACAGGAUUCAGGUUUGCAUUGCAGCAUGCGUGUCCCAUCAAGCCUUUUUAUAUGGAAGGCAGCUGAGGGCUUGUCAGGGAUUGCUGCCGGUCUCUUCCCUGGAUGAGCGCAACGCCUGCUGUGAGGCAACGCUGAGGUGUUGCAAUUCCCGUGCACAGGCUGCAGGGAGUUCUCGCUGGAGCUGUUUGCGAGUCAGCACUGAAGCCUGCUAUCAUUUAGUGUGGCUUUCCUGCGUCUUCAUUUCUUGUUUUUACUUUGAUUGCAAUAUAUUUCUUAUAAAUGCUUAACGACACCGUUGAUUCUCUUGACUAAACUUACUGGUCUUUAAUACCUGUGCUAGCUUUGGGCAGCGGGUUUGGGGCUGUGAAAUGAAGCCUGGUUGGUUCUGACCUCCUGGGAAUACCUGCCUGGCUCUGCUCCCUCCCUCUGCUUGCAUGCUGCUGCUGAUUUUAUAAUCAGGGCAUAAAGAUGGGUGUGGUAAUUGCUGUGCGUAGGUGUCGGUUCUCACUACUUCUCCCAGCUGUUCCAAGAUUCCUCAGUCUGGGAGAAGCACGGGGAGUAACCAGCACUGAGGACUGUCUUGGGAACAGCAUGGCGAGCAAGUGGAGAGGCUGGGUGCUGAUCCUCUCCGUGUGCCUGGGGUCCUACCAAGCUGGGGCCAGUCCCCUCCCUGAGUGUGGUGAGCAGCCGGAGGAAUGGUGCCGUGAUGUGGGGACUGCGGCCAAGUGCGGGGUUCUGGAGCUGUGCCGGCUCACCAUCUGGGACCAAGCACUAGGGGUAACUGCAACUGGGGUAUCGCAUGGUAUUGAACUGCCCCCAGCCCAGGGGUGGGAAGUGGGGUGGAUGGCACGAGACCCUCUGGUCUGGUGCCAUGGCAGCAUCCUGAUGCAUCUUCUGUCUCAGCAGAAAGGGAUUCCGUGCCACCUGUGCCAGGUGGCGGUGUCCGUGAUGGGGAAGAUCCUGCAGGACAACUGCACCGAGGAAAAGCUGCGGGUCUUCUUGGAUAAGAGAUGUCAGUACCUGCCCUUCCAGGACUGGUCGGUCAAGUGCAAGAAGAUGGUGGACACUGGUGUCCUCAUCCUGGCCCAACUGGGCAAGCAAGUGCUGUCGGACCCAAAGGUGGUGUGUGGCACCAUCAAGUUGUGCCAGCCUCAGGGGGGCCGUGAGGGGGCCCUGAAGUUCCAAGAACAGCCGCCAGCCCCUGCUGACCCUGCGCAGGACUUGGCCCAGCUGGCUGUGCCCUUCAUCAAUGGUGUCCCACUCCUGCUCCAGCCCCAGGACCCGCCACGUACCCAGGACACUGGGGACCUGUGUGAGGACUGCGCCCGGCUGGUGGCAGCUGUGCAGCUGGAGCUGGGCAAUGGGGCCACCACCGCCCGCUCCCUGGUGGCCCGCGCCAAGGAGGAGUGUGAGGGCCUGGGGCCCAUCCUGGCACAGCAGUGCAAGGACUACCUGGCCAAGUAUGCGGACACAGCUGCCUGGAUGCUCCGGCACUUGCAGGCUGAGGACCCGCGGGAGCUCUGCAGCAUGCUGGAGCUCUGCCCCGCAGCGGAGCUGGGACCCCUGCGCACGCUGCUCUCUGAGAAGAUGGCCGAGGUCAUGGGCACGCUGCUCUCCAACACGGAGGCCACGCCACUGUGCGAGAUGUGUGAGUUUGCCGUGCGGGCAGCCGAGAGCCUCCUGGAGAACAACAUGACAGAGGAGCAGCUGGUGAACGACAUCGAGAAGGUGUGCUACAUGCUGCCACACAGCGUCAUCGGGCAGUGCAAGGACUUUGUGGACUCCUAUGGCAAAGCAGUGGUUAUCAUGCUGCUGGAGGCCACCGACCCGCAGGCUGUGUGCACCAUGCUGCACAUCUGCCCACGCUGGGGGGCAGAGCUGGGGCUAGCGCUGGAGCCGGCUGCUGGAGCCUUCUGCAAUGUCUGCCAGAUCCUCAUCACCUACCUCGAUAACGAGCUGCUGAAGAACGAGACGCUGACGGAACUGGGUGCUGUGCUGGAGAAAGGCUGUGAGCUGCUGCCAGCCCCUCUCACCAGCACGGUCAGUGGGGCUGUGCCUGGAGGGGUCCCCAAGCCCCCACCCCAGCACCAAGCUCACGUUGACCCCUCUCUCCUGCAGUGUGAGGCGCUGGUGGUGCAGUACGAGCCGGCAGCCAUGCGGCUCCUCGUGCAGAUAAUGGACCCUGACUUUGUCUGCACUAAACUCCGAGCUUGCGACUCAGAGCCAACCUCAGCCCCCUGCGCCCAGGGACCCGAUUACUGGUGUACCAGCAUGGCCACGGCCACCGAAUGUGAUGUAAGUGACAACAGCACUCUCCCUGCCUUCCUCGCAGCAUGGCAGCAGUGUGACCCCCUCACCUGCCCCAUCUCUCACUGCAGGCCGUGGAGCACUGCAGGCAGCACGUGUGGAACUAGGAGCACCUCAACCCUGGAUACCCUCCCCCCCCCCCACCUUGGGAUGCAGCUGCAGCACCAGGGCUGGGGCGUCCCGGAGGGUCCCUGCUGGGCUUUGGGAUGCUCUAGCCCACUCUGCCUUUUUCUCUUCCACCCUGGGGCUUGGAUAUUUGGAUCAGGUUAAGGGAUUUCUGUCUUGUUGGGACUGGGAGCUCAGCGGUAGGCUUGUUUCAAGAUUCCCCCAUCAUGCUACCUGCCGAGUGAGGACCUUGGGUCAUCCGUAUUCGUAUCCUACCCAGAACCGACACCAAAGCCUGGAUUGGAGCGGCUCCGUGGACUGGGAUGGGCUCUGCUGCUGCAGCACCAGUCCCAGUUUCCCGGUGCUCUCACACCACGGGUCCCAUUUGAUUUUUUGCAAGACAUUUGCUGAUCUCAGUCCCAGCUAGGGUGGCUUUUUAAUUUUACUUUUUCCCAUCGUCAUCAGUUAAAGAAACAAAGUGGAUUGCACGUGCCUGGUUUCACAUGACUUCUGCAGUGGAUGAACGUUGCAGGGGGAAGGAGAAGACAUAGGCUGGGUUAGAAACAUGCUUAUGUAUCUUUAUAUAUAUAUAUAUAUAUAUAUAAAUAUAUUACCUAUGUUUAUACAUACAUAUGCAUAUAUGUUAUGUGUAUAUACACACAUAUAUGCAUGUACAUGUAUAUACACAUAAAAUAUAUAUAUUUAUGUAUAUAUAGAUGGAUAGAUACACACAAGGCACAUCUGCCCUGACCCUGCUGCUGUGUCAGGAUGGGCACAGCCUGCAGAAGGAUGCAAACCCAGCACUGCAGGGCCGGGAUGUGGGGUUUCCUUGCUUCAGGGAAGCGUGGGCAGCUGUCCCCAGCCCUUGGUGUGGGAUGCAGCACAGGGUCACCUUCAGUCCGCUGGCAUGGGAGCCUUGCUGGAAAUUAUAUAUAUAUAUAGUUUGCGCAUCCCAUGAACACACAAAUGAGUUUGGGGUUUCCUUCCCAGCAAACAUCCCCUGCAGGGGAUCCUGGUGCCAAAGCAGGGCAGUAGUGUACUGGCUUGACCCCACCACACCAUCAAUAAACACCUUCCAUCAGCCUAGCUCUUGUCUUCUUCCUCUUCUGUGUGCCAUGGUGAUGCUUGGGGGAUGUCAUGUUUCUUGCCAAAACUGGGCUGUAAGGGUGGGUGGGUGGAUGAAUUAAGGGAAUUACAGGGCUUUCUUUUCAAAAGGGAGCCAUGGGGUAGCGAUCUUGUUCGUGUGGCCAGGAGAAAGGACGACAGACAGCUUAACCAAAGCCUUAAGGAGUGUAUUUCUGAUACCUGUAACAGACCAUUCCCAAAAUUCUCCACAAGGUUAUGGUUGGAAACAACCCCCAAACAAACAAACCCGAGAGCCAGAGAGAGGGGGAGGAUGAGGGGAAGGGGGGGGGGGG